AAUUUUAGUAACAAGCCAGUCGCUUCGGGAGAAGCAUUAAACAAAGUUGCAAUAUUUCGGAACUCCAGCAGUUGGCUUCAGUCCGGAACAAUUAGUUAUAGUCAAAUAGAGCGCAGCGGCGGAGAAAACAGCGCCAAACGAAAAGUAAAACGCAUUUUCCUACGCAUACAUAAACACCAAAAGCGAAUACACAAACACAGACAGACAUACGGAAGGCCCAAAAAAACUUGGUCAAACUAACGAAAGAAUAUUAUAUAUAGAGUAACUUUAAAGCGAGUUAAUAGGCAAUAAACUCAAGUUAUCUUUGGUGUUGACGUGUUGAACACACAUACCGAUAAACAAAAACAAAAUGUCUACGACACCAAAAUCGAGCGAAGAUUUGCUGGGCGAAUCUUGGAUCGAACUGAGCACAACAGCUGCAAUGGCUGGCAUCAAGAGCCCCGACAGAAUCACUCCGUUGCCAUUCAACAAUGGCGAGGAGUACCUGAGACUUCUGCGUGAGGCCCAGCGCGAGUCGAACCAGUCGAGCCGUGUCGUCUCCUUGGCCAGCUCCCGUCGUGAUACGCCCCGUGAUAGCCCCAAAAGUCCACCGAACAGUCCCCAGUCGGAGCUCUGUCCGGACGAUGAGCUCAGAAACGUGUACAUCAACUACUGGACCAAGGGAGGAGAUAAACAGAAUGCAGACAAUGGAGAUUGGCUAAAGAACUGGAAUCGCAAUGCCGAGGAGCAGCCACCGAAAAGCUGGAACUUCGAGACUGUUAGUGGCGAUACAGGCGACGAGGACGAAAAGAAGAAGUCUAACACAGGCUACUCCAUCCGCUUGAAGCGACUGGGCUCCAACUCGUUGUUCUCCCGCGAAAUUUUGUACUCGCUGCUGGUGACCAACGUUCUGUCCCUGCUGCUGGGAGCUGGCUUCGGAUUAUGGUUGAGCAAGCGUGGCAUACUCCUUACCCGUGUGGUCAUUGACUGAAAGAUGCCAUAAUCAAAAAAGAGGAAGAGGAAAUAUAUAAUCGUUUUCAAUCUAUUAAUAUGCACAUAAAUCGAAAACAGAACACGAUGCGUUCCAUAUAAGAAAUUGAAGUAUACACAUCUAUACAGCCAACCGUA